AUGACUGCUAACCCUGGGCAGGCGCUGAGUGCCCUCCUGCUCACCCUCCUGCUGGGACUCACAGGUGGGCAGCCCUCCAUCUCUCUGGUGGGCCCGACUCGCAGGACAACCCCUGAGAAUCCAGUGCCUUUCAAUUGUACCGCCGGUCCCUUCAGCUCCUCAGACUUCAAUGUCACCUGGAUGAAGGACAGAGAUGAGCAUCCCGCCUCGGCUCAGCGCCUAGUGACUGACAACAAAGGCAAUUACUCCGUCACCAGUAAGGUGUGGGUGACCCUGUCCCGCCAAGAUAUCUUGUCGAAGAUGACCUGCGAAGUCAAGCACCGGGCCCUGGCCGAGCCCCUGCGGAGGAGCAUGAACCUCUCCCGGGUUCUCCAAGUUGUCCCCACCCUGAAGAUCACCACCAAGCCCUUUGUGAUGCAAAUCCGUGUGCAUCAGAGAGUGAAUCUCACAUGUCAUGUGAGCCACUUCUAUCCCUCCCGCCUGGACCUCAUCUGGAUGGAGAACAGGCAUAAGGUACAGACCGUGGAGUUCCCCCAGGUCGCCAGAAACCCAAAUGGGACUUACUCUCUGGAGCACAGCUGGCAGGUGGAGGCUACGCUGGAUGGGAGAGAGUUUGCCUGCUGGGUGGUCCAGGAUGAGCAGCCCCCAGUCCAGGCCAACAUCACCUUGCGGGCUCAGGCAUCCAGACUGCGGAACGGCAUGAGCAGCUACUCUUCUGCCCUGCAAGGCCCUCUUCAGCGCUCUGAGCCAGGCACAAACAUCCCACUGACCUUCACGUCCUCUGGAUUCUCCACAGGUCAGGUUACUGUGACCUGGCUUAAAAACUCCCACCAGCUGUUAAAGUCCCAGACCAGCGUCCACCCUUGUGGAGACACCUACAAUGUGACCAGCAGUGUGCUCAUCCUUCUGCAGGCUGACGACGUGCAGUCCCUUGUCCACUGCCAAGUCAAGCACAUGUCCAUACUGGUUUCCCAGAAAACCAUCAGACUGGAGCAGUACCUCCGUUUCCCCCCUACAGUGACUGUGUCCAAGUCUUCACAUUCUUUGGACGUGGUGGCAGUUACCUGCCACGUGCAGAGAUUCUAUCCACAGAAUGUGCAUCUCAGCUGGUUGGAGAACUGCCAUAUGUUCAAGGAAGCUGUGCAACCCUCGUCCAAGCAGAAUAGUGAUGGUACCUACACCUUGGAAAGCUUGCAUUUGGUGAAUGCCUCAGUGUGGGAGUCUGAACGUGUACUUACCUGUAAAGCGCAGCAUGAGACCCAGCCUCCCAUCCAGGCCAGCCUCAUACUGUCCACAGCAGUGCAGGACACAUACAAACUCAUUGGGAGUACAGGUCCAGAGAUGCCUGCCCUUAUCUUGAUGGCUUUCCUCCUGGGCUUCAAAGUGGUGCUGGUGAUCAGUUUCAUAGCCACCUAUUUCCACAGGUGGUGGAACCUAUAA